CAAGGCAGUUCAAAGUGCUUUACAUGAUGAAAGCACAAAAUAAAAAGUCUUUAAAACAUCAGACAGUAACAAACGUUACAUUUAGUCGAGUGCCUUCAUCAAAAUCAUCAAUGCACAUCAACUAUGUUGGUCAAUGUUCCAGUGAUUGUGGGUGGAAACAUAUUCAUAUUUCCAGAAACGGUCCAAGAGCGCUUCUUGGACCAUUUUAAAAGUUUGAAUACCAAAGGUCAUGGAUGGAUGAAUGGAUAUGGGGAAUGACAUAGGGAAUAAGUCUGACAGUACUUUACUCAGCUCUGGAAAAUACAUAAAAUUUGACACUUUUCUAGAAUCUUCCAGACUGUGUUGGAACUCACAGAAGCUGUUAUCCUCUGAGUUGGCAGAGGAGUGCACAGGUUUAGAUCCAGCCAAUAAUACCAAACUCUUUUGACUAUCGGUUUUAGGAUAAUUAGCUAGCAAUGGUAUUUGGUGACAUAAUCCCUAAGCUAAAGAUUUGGCUUUCAAUUUCACUGAAAUGGAGGCAAGGCGAGGCAGGACUGGGUGUAUAACACCAUUCAUACGCAUGGUGAUUCAAUAAGACAUUUUAAAAACCUGAAUCAAAAGAACGGCUUGUGACCAGGCAUCUGCAGAGCUGAAUAAGGGAAUUUAGGUGUGUUGGAGAAAGGAUGCAUCUAAUGGCUACAGUUUAGUUUAGAUAUUGACAAGAUUUUAAAUUCUUUAACCUCUUAGAGAACAUUUCCAGAACCAGCUGGACUCUCGUUGAGCAUGCAGAGUUAAACCCAAAUGCCUAACGAGGCGUCGUACUAGUGCAAUAAGAAGAGCGACGUCUCAUGCAUGUUACAGUGACAUUUUUCUGCCCCUGAUCAAUGGAUAGUGUUGUGCCAUUGACCUAUAGACCUACAACUAAUGGGAAUGGUGCGGUACAGGCCAUGGAAAUGGACAAACCAGCGUACUGACCCCACGCCAAACUGCUGAGUGGAAACCAGGCCUCGAAGUUUAGUUGAGUUCUAAUAUCUGGCCUUCUAUUUUUUGGACCAAAAACAAUAACUCCAUAUUUGUUUUGUUUUUUUAAUUAAGACACUGGAAAUUCUGACCCACCCAUGCAUAUUUUAGCACAUCCUCACUCAGUGACCAUAGGGAACUACGGUCAGAUUGCUGACGCAGAAAUAUAAACUUGCAUGUCAUCAGCAUAGAUAUUAUAUUGUAGUGUCUCUCCCAGUAAUUUGAUCUAGGAGGAUCAUGUUUGCAUCAAAUAAAAAUGGGACACGAGAAAGGUGCCUUGAGGAACCUCACAUACAAAUUUGAUUGUACAGAUUUAUAAUUACCUACUGACCUAAAGUAGUUCCCAUCUGCCAAAUAAUAUCUGAACCAGUUUAGCGAACUACAAGACAAUCCCAUUCACUUUUCCACUUUUUCAGUCAGGAUAUUAUGAUCAGCGGUUUCCGAUGUAGGACUGGAGUCCAGUGAACCCAAAACAAACUUUUCUGAUGUGUCUCUGUGAAGAAGGAAGCAAAUCAACAGCUUUACCAAUGCAGAGUCAGUGCUGUUGUGUGAUUGAAAACUGCAAAGCAUUGAAGUUUAGAGUUUUUUUCUUUUAAGAAAAACAAUUAAAUAUGGUAAAUAAGGUAACAUUGGAGGUUAAAUAUAACCUUGUUAAUAUCAGUGAGGUAUUUUCAGGGCCUGUAGCAAAAAACAAACAACAACAAAAUGAGACACAUGAAAAUUUAUUAACAGCGUCAUAAUUCGAUGAAAUACUGUUGAUGAUAUUUUCCCGCUACUUAAAUUCCACAAGCUAAUCCCAAAUGCCUCCCAAAUCCCUGAAAUAGUUGAUGCAUGUUUCGCUUUCCUGCCCAGAACAAUUACAUAUUCUUAGCAAAAGAAUUUCUGCUUCAUUCAAUCAUCACAUUGUACUCCACACCACAAUGCCUCACGUUGCUCCCGGACUCAGGAUGGCUCAGAAAAAUGGCCGCAGCUGCUUUCGCCUGGCGUGUUUAACUCCUCCUUCUGCUUGUGUCCUUGGGUGGACUGGGGUCUUCAGCGCUCCCUCAGACCUGCAUGGCCUCUACCAGCACCGCCAAAGACCUCCCACCUCCGAGACGCCGGGGGUCCAGGUCAGACAGAGGCUGACGCUGGGCCAAGAGAGCGGGGAACGCUACGCUUCCCCAACACUGUCCCACUCACACCUGCGCCCCGUGGGAAGCCCGAGGCCCAUGGAAGUCCUGAAGGUGCAGUCCCACCUGGAAAGUCCGAACAAGUACCACAUCCAGCCGGCUCAGAGGCAGCAGGUGAGGCAGUACCUGUCCUCCAGUCUGGGCGGGAAAGCCGGCAGCCAGCCGCCCGAGCACAGCAUGCCGCCCGGGGCCGCCGGCAGCGCCCCCAACAGUCCCAUGGCCCUGCUCACCCUGGGCACCAACUGCGAAAAAGAAAUGGACGACGUCAUCGACGACAUCAUCAGCCUGGAGUCGAGUUACAACGAGGACGUCCUGGGAAUGAUGGACCCCGCUCUGCAAAUCAACAACCAGCUGCCAGUGUCUGGUAGUUUGAUGGACGUGUACAACAACCCAGGGCUUCCCCUGCCGGGCAUCGCCGUCGGCAACGCAUGCGCACCCAACAUCAAAAGGGAAUUCACAGCUCCCGGCAUGAAGCAAGUUCUGGACAAGUCUGGAUCCUGUGGCCAGUUUGAAAGCUAUCAGAGGUCAGACGGCUUUCCAGUAGAGGCUGAAGUUCGCGCUCUGGCUAAAGAGAGACAAAAGAAGGACAAUCACAACCUGAUCGAGCGAAGACGGAGGUUCAACAUCAACGAUCGCAUCAAAGAGCUGGGAACCUUAAUACCCAAGUCGAAUGACCCAGACAUGCGCUGGAAUAAGGGCACCAUUCUGAAGGCCUCCGUGGAUUACAUCAGGAAGCUGCAGCGGGAGCAGGAGAGGGCCAAGGAGCUGGACUGCAGGCAGAGGAAGCUGGAGCACGCCAACCGCCACCUGAUGCUGAGGAUACAGGAGCUGGAGAUCCAGGCCCGGGCUCACGGCCUGACCGUCGUGCCGUCCCCGUCGCUCUGCACAUCCGAGCUGAUGGCGCGGGCCAUCAAGCAGGAGCCCGUCCUCGGGGACUGUCCGUCCGAGCUCUACCAGCACAACUGCACCCCGGACAUGUCCCCUCCGACCACGCUGGACCUCAACAACGGCACCAUCACCUUCGACCACAUGCCCGCCGACGCCGGUGACUCGGCCCACUACGGGAGCUCCAGGACGUGUAAAAUGAAGGAGCUGGUCAGGGACAACAGCCUGGGACCGGUUUCCCCCAGCGACCCGCUGCUGUCCUCCAUGUCGCCUGACGUUUCAAACCCCGUCAGCGGCCGCCACAGCUCCAGCUCCAGCUCCAGCAUGGAGGAGAAAGACCAUGGAUGUUAGCCCCACGCCACGACCAGCGGCUGAGCGGGCGAAGGAACUCAGAGAUCGUUUUCUUUUCUAAGGAGAUUUUUUAAAGAAAAAAAAAAAGUUUUUCAAUUAUUGCUGUUUAAUUAUUACUUUGAGCCAAGACUCUUUAGAUCUUCUCUCUCUGUUUUUUCAUGAACUUUUCAGAAAUACUUGACAAACACCUGACAUAUGUUGCACCCUUAAAAAGAACUUAAAAGAAACUCAAAUUAGCUUUUGUGCAACUUUAUUAAACAAAAUCCACGGUUCGAGCAUACAGCGUGUGUAAUUUUCUCUUUUUUUCCGUAAUAAUCACAGGUCAUGAACUUUCAACUCCCAUCAUGCAUUGCGACAUUCUUAAAGGGGUAUCAUGACAAAAUAGUUUGAACACAUAUUGAGCCAUAAACCAAUUGAAUUGUUCUAACUAAAUACUAAAUCAAAUAAAUGCUUGCCCAAUGUGUUCAAUUAAACAAUAUCACGUUCGUAACAUGUUUUCAGGGCUCUACACCCUCCCCUACUAAAAUAAUGAAAUGUUUUCCAAACAUUUUACACUUUAAAACUUAAAGAAUGUAUCCUUACUACUAGCUUCCAACAUUGAACUCAUCCAGGUACCAUUUAGUUACACGUUGCUCUUCAAAAACAAUAACCAAUACGACACAUCAAAUGACUACAAAUGCAUGUAUACAGCAUAAGUACUUUUACUUAUAUUCCUGUUUCAGUGUAUUAACUUAAAUAAUCAGUACAUUGGUAGGCCUCCCAAGUCCAUUGAGUCACAUAUGGCUAAAUCUACCAUUUCACCUUAUUAAAUGUAUCCACAUUAAACAUGCUUUGAAUGUAGUACGACCUCUUACAGACUACUUUUGUGUUAUCUUAUAAAACACUCACUUCCUUCUGUAAAUGCAUCAAUAACUUACAAGUGUGGUUUUAGUCACUAGAAAUACAUUUCUGCAAAAUGACUCUUACUUGUAACUGAAUAUUUUGUACCAAAUGGAUAAUAAAACAUUUUCAAUUAA